GGCUGCUGGCUGCGGUGUGCCGCGCGGCCCGGGCAAACCUCCUCGCAACGGUCGCGGCUCGGCGGCUCCCCCCGCACGGUGCUCGCCCAAAGGUGCGCGACUUGCUUCGCCCGCUCGUGCCCUGCCGUGCCGCGACGCGAGCCCCGCUCCCGCGCGUCGGUGAUCCCACCGGCGGGCUUCCCGGGCAGCGGAAAAACGAUACAAGGUACGCCCGCUUUAACGGCCCCCAACGUCCUCCCCGAAAAGCAAAAACUAAAGCCGCCCAAGCCGCUGCACAGCACGGCGCUAGAGGCAAACGCACUCGCCUCUCGGCCGGCUCCAUCCUGGUCAAAACUUUCGGCCCGCUGCGAAGCGAGGGAGAGGGCCGAGCCCGAGCAUGAGGGAGCAGCAGGAGGCCGGUGAGGUGGCGGGGCGCCGGGGCGGGGUCAUCAGGUCGCUGCUCGGCGUCGAACGCCGGCUCGCGGAGGGCGCCGAGGGGGGAGUCGGAGUCUCCUCCGGGGAGAAACCGUCGGGCGCGGACGCGGGCGGCGAGGAGAGGAAGGCCGUGGUGAGGGUUGUGGCCGUGGACAUGCCGCCCGCGCUGCAGCGGCGCGCGUUCCGCUGCGCCCGCGACGAGCUCGCCGCGAUGCCGCACUUCCCGCGCCGGCUCGAGCCCAAGCGCCUCGCGCUCGCACUCAAGAAGGAGUUUGAUACUGCUUACGGGCCAGCUUGGCACUGCAUCGUAGGGACGAGUUUCGGUUCAUAUGUCACGCACGCCCGGGGUGGAUUCUUGUACUUUUCUGUUGAUAAGGUCUACAUCCUGCUGUUCAGGACAGCGGUAGAGCCCUCACCCAGUCACCCCAUUGACGACGACCGGACAAAUGGUUCAUGAAUAUUCACUCUUGGGGCAGGCCAAAUGCAGGUGUUCAGAAAGCCAGGCUUUGCCUUGUAAAUUGCACUGUUCCUACCAUGGCAAUGGAAACUCCUGUUUUCCUCGCUGCUUAUGAUUCUGAUAGAAUUUUACGUGGUUGGUAUCU